AAAGUUUGCAAUUAAAAUCACUGCGCAUGUUUCACACAUUUCAAUAGACUCGGAAAGAGGUGUACGGUACAAUUCGAUGUUUGUACAUUUACACCGAAUAUAAGUGUUUAGUCGCGUACGGUACAACAACAUUUUCCAUACCCAAUUUUCGUCCUCUGUGCAUUUUCUUUUCUUGGAAUCAAACAAAAAAGAGGAGAUUUUGUGUACAGGUUCUGAAUCCUGAAGUGUUCCAGCCGGGAGUGACGUGCUUUAUUGCCGUGUGUGUAUUUCUGUGCUUUUGAACCAUUUUCGUUUUGCAUACAAAAAAGCGUCGUCUCUCUGGUGGGACGUUGUGUUUGCCUUUUCGGCUUGUUUUGUGUAACACAUAUAUUAUCACCGCUCCUGAUGAGCUCUGAUUUGUGCCAUUCAUCGGGAAUUUAUUGAGCGAAAAAUUGCUGUGUGCAUAGACAAUUAAACCGAUUCGAUAUUUAUUUACACAUCGACGACGUUGAUCGCACAUUGGGAAUGUUCAUUCUAUACUUGGGAAUAUUCAUUCCACUGUUUCUCGGUACCACUUACAACACAUAACAAUUCAUCAUCAUUUAUAGCAGCAGCGAAAAUCGAACACAAUUCACGAUAUUUUUGAUAUUAAAAUAGGAACAAUAGUGUCGUUCGCUGAACAUUAAUUUAUUUUGUUCGGUACAUCAAGUUCAUUGAAUGGGAAUCCGUUUCUCAUACAAGUUUGUUCGACGCGGUGAUUCGGAGUGUUAGAUGAAUUCUUGUGCGGUAAUCUUCUAUCAACUGUUUGUGUAAACAUAACCGUCGAAUGCCGUCAUUUGUUUACGAUACUUAAUUGUAUGCACGGAUAACCUGAACAUGCUGCUGUAACUGUAAUGGAAACAUCCUGGACCAAAAUUCGAUUUCUGAACAGCAUCGCCUCCGUCCACUGUGGUUCAACAUCUAUACAAGACUACUUUGAUAAUCCAAAUUAAUUCAACGUUAAAGAGAUCCGUCCAAACCAUUACCCAAUUUGAAUUAUUAAACGUAACCGACGACGCAACAAGCAACGCUGUUACGGUUUUUGCACCAUCAUCAUCAUCGUCAUCAGCAUAAAAAUAAAAGUUGUACACGGACGAGCUCGAAUAGAAGAGGCUAAAGGGAAACGUACAUACGAACAACCGAAACGCACAUGAAAAUUCGAAAUCGAAAAACAAAUUUCCAUUUUCGUGUUUCUUUAUUUCCGUACAACAGCACCGGUGUUUUUUGUCGUGGUCGUCCGUAUAAUGUUUGGUUCAAAAUUGCGCUCUUGGAUGGAAAAUCAUAUUGUUCGACCACGCAAAAAGGGAAAUAAGAAUAAAAAUAAUGGCACAAGCAAUUUGGCACCAUCAACCACUUCGAAUGGACAUAAAGGGACUUCGUUUCAAGGGGACUCAUCAUCAGCUAUUGCCAGUCCAGCUCGUAGAAGUGAAGUGUCACCAAUUCAAAAUCAUAAAUCCAGCCGAGCAGGUUGGCAUUCUCCCCAAGACAAUGACAUGUCAUCUAAGCUGAAUUCCGACGAAUACCCGUACAGGCAUACGGUAAAAUCCUCAUCGCCCAAGAAAAUGAUUCACAAAAGUUCCUACACUUUGGAGAAAACUACCAGCGCUAGCAGUACCAACCAUUUGCAUCCCAACUAUCAACAGUAUUCGAAAAGCGCUGACCAUAAAAAAUUUACCCGACCAACUGACCAGCAAGCGUACAUGCACCACACUGGGACCGAUCCAAUCGACACAAGACAAUCAAACAUCCAUCAUUUUCGACAAAACAAUUACUGUUACAGCAAUACGAACACAUCCAACCAUCCGCAGUCAUCAACAAGUUCAACAGUUACCAUCGAACCGAAACCCAUUCAAUACGAACGAGUUCCGAUGAUGGAUCAAUCACAUCAUCAAACUAUGACGAAUAGCACCGCCGCCGGCAAGCAAAUAAUCAAGGAAAAUCACUUUUCCGCAAAGGGUUUAUCGGGACGAGGAUGUGGUGGUGGUGGUGGUGUUGGACCGACAGUGGGAGGAGGUGGCAUUGAUGCAAUGGCAAAAUCAAAUAAAUUCGAACACGAGAAAGUCGCAGCAGCAAGGAAACGUGAUGAAUAUCAGUCAGAUGCGAUUAGCGAUGGUAAAUGUUUUGGCAAGCAAUCGCAUGAAAAUGCGGAACAUCUUUACGGUCGAAUACAGUCGCGAACGUUUUCCACAUCGUCGUCGACGAAUGGUGGCUGUGAGACAUCAUCGUCUGUUUGCGGCGGUAAUUAUGACCGGUGCAAUGCAAAUGUACAGUUGAAAAACGGUACCAAACGUUGUGAUAAUUCGAAUGGUGUUGUGAUGAAUUGUGUUAACAAUAACCACUAUGACGGCCGACAAUCGCAACAGUUCAGCCAUCAUAAUGGUAACCAUAACAACAACAACAACAAUCUGAGUGAUAGCUUUUCGAUUGAUAAAUGUGCCAGCAACAAUAAGGCUCAUCCGGGACAAGCCAUCAGCUCAACGAUCCAAACAAACAUUCGACUCAGUAGCGGCGAAAAGAAUCGCAACAUGCUGCGAACGAAUCGGUACAGUAACGGGAGCCAUUUGACUGCUCCGGGCACGCACCAAUUGGCUCACAUGAUAAAUACGUUGAGCUCACCGGAAAGUGCGUAUUCGACGGGAUAUUCCACUGACGGAACUUCACCAGGUGCUACCUACACACCGGAAUAUUACAUUAAUAUGCGCACUGGGACCCACUAUUUUCCGAGGGGUGUGAGUUCUGUUGUUGAACAGAGUCGCCACAAAUUCGGCUUGAAUAAAAUUGAUGAAGCAACUGGUGCCGAAACGAAUUCCCACAGACGUACGGAAUCGUGUGAUUCGAAUCGUCGACCGUUAAACGGUGGCACCGAUGUUAUUGCAAAUGGUCAUGUGCUUGCAGCGAAAGCAAAUUUCAAUUCGGUUGUUGUUUCUACCGGUCUGAGUCCGGAUCUGCAACGGAGAUUAGCGCUGCAGAAUUACAAGGGAAUGGAAUCUCCAUCACCACGGCAACGAUGUCGCAUUCGAACGAAUCCAUGGUUCCAAGCCAUCGAUCCUACGUGCAUCGUUCCGAAUAGUAACAAUUCGAAAAGAAUUGACAUGGAUACCAGUUCCACAUCGUCUGGAAUUAAGUCCAGCAGUGAUGCGGGAACAGAUGACAAAAAUGGCAAAAAAAUCGUGUCAUCGGAAUCGGAAAGUUCAUCGUCAACCGAGAUCGAUCUCAGUAAAAAAUUGUUUACCCCGAACACGAUCCGUAGGCGACGCGAACUGGUACGAAACGAAACGAAAAGCGAAAAGUCUACGCAUGCCAUCGUCACCCUGAAUCAACCGGGCGACAGUGAUGAAGAUGCCACACUGAACGAAAUGAUGGGAAAAUUCGACGAAAGUUAUUGCUAUGAGAAGGAAACGGACAUUCUGAGCAGUGACUCGGAUCCGACGGAAUGCAUAUCUGACCUGGAUACGGGACAAGACGGUGGCGAUGAGUGCGACACCGAUGAACUGCUGGACAUCGAUUUCAUCGACAAUGGGUCAAUACAGGAAAUAAUCGACAAGAAUUUGUACGAAAACACGGGCAGCUGUUCGUAUGUCCCAUCGUUCGCAUCCGAAAAGCGUUUGUCGCGAACGAGACGAAGCCAGAAGCAGAUUGAUGAAUCUGGAAGUGGCAAACGACGAAAGCGACUGACCCGGACCAGAAAGCGAAGCGGUGACAACAGUUGCAACGGUCGCAUAGCCGAUGAACUGUCGGCAAUUCCGUGCGGCAGAGUUCGGGAAUCGAAGAGUCUGAACGGUACGCCGGUUAGUUUGCGGAGAAAUAAGUCGGGCGACGCUAAAUGCAAGCAAAAGAUAACCCCACUGGCGAAUCGCUGUAACUCUCUCACAUUUACCGAAAUCCAUUCCAUACGGAGCCGCUUCCUAGCAAUUGCCGAAAGUGAAAAGGCGCUGAUCAAAGCGGAUCUGGAGGCUGACGUCAAAUACAAGCAGCUGAUUCACGAAGCCGAAACGAUUUUAGUUUCCAUGAAAACUACGACCACUUCGUCAACGGCACGCGAAACACCCGUACCUAGUCCACGUCGCAUACCAGCUCUACCGACCAACAAACGUGUCGAAAUGCUACGCAACUGCGAGACAGAUUUACGACGUGAAUUGGCUAAGGCAUCCGAGUCCAACAAGAAACUAACUAACGAACCGUUAUGCGCAGACGCACCGUUGUCGGGUCAUCAAGACAAUCUGCUGAUGAAUAAGCGCAUCGAAAUACUUCGUUUCGAGACAUCGUCUGCACCGAACAGUCCAAAAUCGGGGCGAUUCAGUCCACGAAAGACUCACGUGUCGAAUUUCAUUUGCCAAAAUGCGUCACCAACCGACCUAUUGCGACGAAAAAACUCGUCGGAAAAUGGCAAAUCGGAACACGAGUCCACCGCAUGCAGUCAAUUUUCACCGCAACUCCAUCUGAACGGUAGAAAGAUGCUCAGUCCACCCAAAUCUCCAACACCUCGACGACGAUUUCGCAGUCAGAGUCAGAGCGCACGAGCCCACGUUACCAUCGAAUCGGAUUCGGAUAGCGACGGAGCCAAAUCAAUUGGCCAGAACGGGUGCCGAAAGCCGGCCGAAGUGAACGGAAACAAGGAAAAUGUCAAACGCAAAAAUGUCCGCAAAUCUUCGGCUAAGGGUUCGAAGGGCGACGAUGCGAAGACAUCGCAGAAAAUCGACGAACUGGACGUGUUGAACCGGAAUCUCGAACUGAGCGAUGUGGUCGGCACCGGCGACACUCGAACAAAGCCACCGAUGUUGUCGUUCCGGUCGAUUGACAUGGGCAACAAGAGCCCGGAAAUAUUUUACUGUCCGCAGAGUGAGCCACUGAAGCGGAAAAUCUACUCGGGCAGCAAAACGUUGGAGAAAUUGCAGCAAACGUUGGACAUGGAUCCAGAAAUAUCGAAAAAAGCUUUGCUGAACAAAAUCUCGUUGCUGAGACGUGACCGAAAAGCUGCUCAAAUGGAUGUGAACGAAGCUAACGGCUAUACUCACCACGAUGGCAGACUCGAACCGUCUGUGAACGAUGGCGGUGAAAGUGUCGGCUACAAUACCAAACGGCAAUUGAUUUUGAAUACAAUUGCCGAUUUGAAACGGAGUUUAGAGGACCAGAGUGUCGAGCUGUGCGGUUUGAAUGACGACGGUGUGGAGGAAUAACGAGAUUAAUUAAUGGGAAAAUGAGAAAUUGUUUUUUCGUUUUAUCUGGAUUAUUUUCGGAAACAGGUUCAUCACAUUCUGUAUCGUCAGAAUUUUGGCUCAAACGGUUGAUCGUUCAAACGGUUGAACUGGAAACGGUUGAAGAGAUGUAUUGUCGUAUACCUCUCCUUGGAAGUUUUUUCAUUUUUAUUCAAAUGGACAAAUUUAGUUAAUUCAAUUGAUAUGUUGUUGAUGAUUAUGCUGUGCCAAUCGUUUUUAUUGUUGAUUCUUUUUCCCGUGUGGUUCUUCUUUCGCGUAGUUUUUGUUAUAUCGAAGAAAAAACUUUUAUAUUUUAAGGAAACGAUGAACAUUUCCGUUGCGAUUACGUAAUAAGCCGGUUUUUUUUCUCGUAAUUUUUCUAUGUUUUUAUGUAUAAUUAAGAAACUCACUCCAACCAAUUUAUUUACCUAUGUUACUAGCUCUAUAAAAGUGUGCGUCGAAGCGUUAGAAUUUAUUUGAAUAAAAAAAGGAAAAAAAAAUCUUU